AUGGAAGAAGACUAUAAGAAUUCCAUAGAUAAUAACGAAAAUAAUAGUCCAUUACGUUCAGAUAUAGUUAAUUCAGAAGAAAAUAACUCUAUUUCAAAUGAUAUUUCAUAUUAUACCCAAUUAUUGCAGAAUUUCGAAACAAAUUCAGAUCCAGUAGAAAUAAUUCAGCAUUUGAUGACUUUGUCGACAAAUAAAAUUAUAUCAGACCUCUCAAAAUUUCAAGAUUUUCCUUUAGAUUCAUUUUUGCAUCUAUUAUUUACAUUGUAUGAACAUUGUUCUAAUAAUUUAGAAUGCGAUCACUUAUUAGAUAUUACAAUUUCAAUAUUUUCGAUACAAUCCCAAACUUUUCCAGAAGAAGUAUUAGAAUUUGCAUUUGAAUUCGCAUGCAAAAAUAUAGAUUCUAUUCAGUUCAAGAGAUUUAUUACACUUUUGUCCUACUUAUGCUCUUAUUCUGAUGUAAUCACUCAAAAAAGCCUCGAAGCAUUUAAUUUUGAGGAUUUAGCGCAAUUUGUUGCUAAUAAGGACUGUUCAACAAUUGCAUCCAUUAUAUUUUACUUCUCAAAAGCCAUUAAUUUUUUUGAUGAAAAUCUUUUUGUGCAAAUCUAUGAUUUCUUAUCAGAUUCUUUAGAUAUAAAUGAUUUAAGACUUGAUAAAGUAAUACUUAACUACAUUUCUAGUACUCUUAUCGAUCAAGAUUACGCACAAUUUUUAAUCGGACAUCCGAUCAUUGACAAAAUAGUAAAUUUGCUUUCACAAGAGAUCAUUGAUACUCUCAACGCAAUAUCAGGUAUACUUUUGCAAAUAUUACAAUUUACAAAUCUUCCUAAUGUUGUAAUCGAGUCAUUACUUGGUUCAAUAGCAAGAAUGGAAACAGCAGAUUCUACAAUGAACGAUUUCUUCAUCAAUGUCACUGAAAUAUUUUCGAAAAUUGUAAACAUUGAGGAAUACAGACCAGAUAUACUCAAAAACCUUAUAAUACUGCUUCAAGAUGGAUCAUUUCAGGUUAGAGAAUCAGCUCUCAAAGUUCUUUGCGAAUUUUUGAAAAUUUUGAAAGAAAAUGAGUUAAAUUUAGUGCUAGAAAUGAGAGUUAUAUAUCUUUUAGAUGAUUUUAUUGAUGAAUCAAAUCCAGAUAACUGUAUUUUCAUCUGUGAAUCUUUGAUUCAAAUUAUUAAUGUGGCAAAUACACUAAAUAUGAAGAAUACUAUAAUAGAGUUGAUGAGUGAUUUUGAAAUGAUCGAUAAAUUAGUUGAUUUAACUGAUGACGAAAAUGAAAAAUUAUCUUUGCUGGCAAAAGAAGUAUUAAUAGAUACAGGCAUCGAGUUUACGAAUGAUUAG